AUGGUACAUUUAUCAGCUUUUGACAAGCUUGAGCAAGGCAUCGACCGAGAUUUUCUCCGAAGACUUGCUAAACUACUUCCCAUCUUGAUACCAUCCCCUUUUUGCAAAGAAUCGUUCUAUCUGUUUCUCGUUGCGGUCUUGAUGGUAGUCAGAACCCUGUGCGAUGUGUGGCAGAUUCGAAAUGGCACUUCAAUCGAAACAGCGAUCAUCUCUCGUGACAAGAAAGCUUUCCGCAAGUACAUGUUGAGAUUUGUGGGCGCAAUGCUUCCAAUCGCGUUUGUUAACAAUCUACUGAAAUAUGGAUUGAAUGAGAUUGCCCUGUCCUUCAGAACGCGGCUGACUCAGCACCUCUACAAGGAGUACCUCUCUGGUUUCACUUACUACAAGUUGUCCAACCUCGAUAACCGCAUUGGAAACCCCGAUCAAUUACUCACACAGGAUGUGGAUAAAUUUGCAACCAGCCUCGCAGAUUUGUACUCAAACGUAUCGAAGCCGAUUCUUGACAUUGCCAUCUACGCAAAGAAACUCGCCGAGAACGUGGGAAUUGCUCAUGCUCGAGUAGGCGCCAUGCUCGCAUACCUCGCUGCCUCUGGAGUUGUCUUGACGCACAUGCGCCGACCUCUCGGGCAGUACACGGUGAAGGAGCAGAGAUACGAGGGACAGUUCCGCCACGUCACAACAAGGAUAAUCUCCAACUCUGAGGAGAUUGCCUUCUACCGGGGGAAUACGCGGGAGUCACAUUGGGUCGCGAAGUCGUUUGGAAAGCUGGAGCAUCACAUCAGAAAAGUCAUGCAGUUCAGGUUCGGGGUGGGAAUGAUAGACACCAUCAUCGCCAAGUACAUGGCGACAGUGGUCGGGUACCACAUCGUCAGCCGCCCUCUUCUCAACAUGAGCAACCCCAAGCACGUCAACAGCACGCAGAAUGAGCUGCAGGAGGAGUACUAUCGGAGCGGGAGGAUGAUGUUGCAGAUGGCGCAGGCUGUCGGGCGGUUGGUGCUGGCGGGUAGAGAGUUGACAAGGCUUGCUGGUUUCACCGCACGAAUCGACGAGCUUGAGAAUGUCUUGAAGGAGCUUCAGGAGGACAAGUACCAACGCACACUCGUCCGCUCCUCCAGCAGGCGGAACUUGGACCCUCCCAGGCUCAGGGACGGCGAGCUGGACCAGCAGGACCUGCAACCAGGCAGAGGCAUCAAGAUCGAGCAAGACGGCAUCAUCCGCUUCGAGAACGUUCCCAUCGUGACCCCCAACUCCGAGGUCCUGGUGGACAGCCUUUCCUUCGAGGUGAAGCAGGGGAUGAAUACUCUGAUCUGCGGGCCCAACGGCUGCGGCAAGAGCUCCUUGUUCCGCAUCUUGGGGGACCUCUGGCCGGUCUUCGGGGGGAAGGUGAUGAAGCCCAAGCCCGAGCGGAUCUUCUACAUCCCUCAGAAGCCCUACCUGUGCCUGGGGACUCUGAGGGACCAGGUGAUCUACCCGCACAGCAGGGAGCUCAUGUGGAGCAGCGGCAAGAAGGACGACGACCUCCUCGACCUCCUCGACCGCGUCAGCCUCGGGUACCUCGUGCACUCGCGCGAGUCGGGUUGGGAGAGCGUGGAGGACUGGGCGGACGUGCUGAGCGGAGGAGAGAAGCAGCGGCUGGCCAUGGCCCGCCUCUUCUACCACAAGCCGCAGUUCGCCAUCCUUGACGAGUGCACUAGUGCAGUGAGCGUCGACGUGGAGGGGAUGAUGUACUCCGAGUGCCAGCGGCAGGGAAUAACGCUCCUCACGGUCUCCCACAGGAAGUCGCUGUGGAAGUACCACGAGUGGCUGCUGAGGUUCGACGGGGAAGGAGGAGCAGAGUUCAUGUCGAUACAGGGAUGUGAACAGUUCGGGUCGUGAGGAGGGGCAGGAAUGAGGACUUUAUUUCUUUUAUUGAAUUCAAGCGCUCUGU